AUGAUGUCGAAAAAUGGCGGAAAAAGUUGUGGCGAUUGUAAUCAGUUGGAGACACUAACAAGAAACGAUUUUAUAAAAGCGUCUGAAGGGAUAUCACUGCUAGGAAACUUUCGUGCUCGACUUUUCAAAUCCAGGGAUAUACCCAUACUUUGCGAUUUUUCACUUUAUAAAAAUUUAGAGGUUCUAGUCAUCGACAAUGAUUAUGAUAAAUCGAGUGAGCAGUCAGCUGCUGAGACUUCUAUCGAAGAAAAAAUUGUUAACAAUGGAGAGGAUAGCAUUAAAUAUGGCGGUUCGCCACUGAAAUUUGAGUUUUUGACUCUGUCUGCCUUGCAGGCCAAAGAUGGUUUCAAGUCAGUGGAACAUGAAUAUUUUCAAUCAGCGAAUUUUUUCAACUGUAAUCCUUUAUCUGAAAAAGAAUCGGCUUUCUUGAUGAAUAGACUUAGUUCCUGGGUUGAACCAACAUUUUCCCAUGAAACCCUUCGAAAUAUUCCUCUUUGGAUUGUAACUGAUUGUAAGGAUAUCCACAACACGAUAAUGUUCGGGAUAUCGAAAUCAAAGGAUUCCAUGGAUUAUUGUCGGAUUCAGUGCUUUGGUCGUGGAAAUGCAGUUGCAAAAAAAUAUUUAUUGGUUGGUCAUCACUGUCAGCGUAUUAGUGGUUUAGAAGAACGUUCAAAAGCCGUUUCUGUUAUCAAUAUAAUUCGAAGAACUCAUAAUGUUGAAACUGAUUAUAAGGAACGCGUUUCUGGAUUUAUGCAGAUCAGUGCAACUUGGAAUUGCAGUGACAAUAGUCUUUUAAUGAUUCCACCUUUAUCAGCUCCACUUUCUGUGCAUUUGUUACCUGGUUGGCUGGAUUCACGAAUGCCUUUGUUUGGGCUUGCAGUCGAAUUACGCUUUAUUAUUUCAUUAGCUCGAGCUCUUCGCACGGGUUCCAUGAAAUGGGAUAAUUUAAAUGGAUCUUCUUAUGAAUUAAUUAUUGAUAAAGUGAAGAAAUUGAUUGAAGAGGAGAGAAAUGCGAAACGUUCAACCGGUAGCAAAAAACCGUUUCGUGAUUUUACUGGAAGAUUGUGGAAAAUUAUGCUUUCUUGCAAUAGCGCUAGUACAUUAAUAGAUGUGCUGAAGACUAUUUUCGCUAUUCUUCGAAGUCGCACAUUUGUUGUAACGUUGCACAGUGACAAUAGAAGUCAGUUGGCUCGAUUAAUCUCAGAUUCUGCGUCGGAGAAGGGACUGAUUCUUCCUCGACUUGAAGGUCUUACUCCUAUACAAAUCCUCCUCGAAAUUGGUGUGGAAGAUUUUCAUCGAAGUUGCACUGAACAGUUCCUCACAAAUGAAUAUGUCACGAGCAAAUCGGAACUGGAUUUUUUCCUUAUUGAUGGAUUCGAUAAGUCACCUGAAGAUAGAGCUGACUCUUUGUUAGCAUAUUAUUAUAGUUUAGUUGCAAUGGCUGCGUGCAAGCAAUAUUUAAAUCUUAACAAACAUCAGUUUCGUACAUUUGCUCGACAAGUUAUUUCUAAAUAUUGUUUGUUAAAAAUUUCACCAUCCAGUCAUGGUAUCUGUACAGAAAUGGUGAAUAAAUUCACGAUUGAUUUAAGUACCGGUCUUUCUGUUAUGAAUAUUCCUCCCGCGAUCUAUGAUAUAAAAAAACCAGUAACUUGGGCUUUGGAGACAAUAUAUUCAAAGGGUGCAGUUGAAUGUGCGCGGACUAUGGUUCAUUUUACGAAAGAAGCAAGAUUUCCAUUUGUGUACCAUGGUUUAGCUAAAAAAAUCGAUCAUGUUGAGCUUCAAGAAUCUUUCAGGCUAGAUGAAGAAGGCAACAAUGAUGAAAAUGAACUAAAAAAUGCGAAAAAUGAUCGUUUAAGGAAUGCAAAGAAAAAAACAUUUUGCGAGGAUUUUUUCGAUGAUUAUUAUUGUUCCGUUCUAAUUGCUCGAUUAAAUUUGCAAAAUUUGUAA